AGUGCUGGAUGCUCUGGAGACUGAGUGCCUCACUCUGAACGCUCUUUGCACUUCAAGAGUGUUGAAACACAGUCAGCAUUUUGGUCAAUUGCCGCUGUCUCCUCUCCUCUGAUUCUCUGUGUGUCUGUGUUGUGUAGGAGGCUCUUGCAGACAAUUGUCGAACGAUUUUGCUGAUUUACAGGAAGAGUUGUCACAGAAGUGAGGUGACGGAUGCUCACACAGUACCUGCUUUCUUUGAUCUAUGUGACGGAUGAUGUUCAAUUUGAAUUCACCAGACUGAAGUAGACUCAGAUCAUAUCAUUGACUACGGAUAUUCAGGGAAAUGAAUACCUCACAUCAUCAUGGACUGCACCAUUCAUUUCGGAAUCACAGCCAGGGAGCUUUACCAGUGGGAAAGCCUGCUCAGGGUGAGAGAGGAUCUUCCUCUGGAUGCUAUGAGCAGCUGCUCAUCUCCACAGAGGUGUUCCUCACGCUCGGGCUCGUCAGUCUCCUGGAGAACAUUCUGGUGAUCGCGGCUAUUGUCAAGAACAAGAACCUUCAUUCUCCAAUGUACUUCUUUAUAUGCAGUUUAGCCGUAGCGGACUUGUUGGUCAGCGUCUCCAAUGCCUCGGAAACGGUAGUGAUGGCGCUCAUCACGGGAGGCAACUUAACCAAUCGCGAGAGCAUCAUCAAGAACAUGGAUAACAUUUUUGAUUCGAUGAUCUGCAGCUCACUGUUGGCUUCAAUUUGGAGUUUGUUGGCCAUCGCGGUGGACCGCUACAUCACGAUCUUCUACGCUUUGCGCUACCACAACAUCAUGACCCAACGGCGGGCAGGCACCAUCAUCACCUGCAUCUGGACCUUCUGCACGGUCUCUGGUGUGCUCUUUAUCGUGUACUCGGAGAGCACCACCGUUCUCAUCUGCCUUAUCAGCAUGUUCUUCACCAUGCUGGCGCUUAUGGCCUCGCUCUACGUCCACAUGUUUCUUUUAGCCCGGCUGCACAUGAAGCGCAUAGCCGCCCUUCCUGGCAACGGCCCUAUCUGGCAGGCGGCAAAUAUGAAAGGGGCCAUCACCAUUACUAUUCUGUUAGGUGUAUUCGUGGUGUGCUGGGCUCCCUUCUUCUUGCAUCUCAUCCUCAUGAUCUCCUGCCCCCGGAACCCUUAUUGCAUCUGCUUCAUGUCCCACUUCAACAUGUAUCUGAUCCUCAUUAUGUGCAACUCGGUCAUAGACCCUCUCAUCUACGCCUUCAGGAGCCAAGAGAUGAGGAAGACCUUCAAGGAGAUCUGCUGCUGCUGGUAUGGACUGACCUCUCUUUGUGUUUAAGCUUUUGAUGACUUUUAAGGAUCCUGAUUGUGAGACAGCACUAAGCAACCAACACUGGACGAUGCUGAUAUUGUAGAACAUUACACUAAUUAUGCUGCAUAGCUUGUGUGAUUAUUCUGCGCACAUUUAUUUGAUACCCAGAGAAAUGUGAUACUGUGCUAACCAUGAAAAAAUGCUAAUGUUAAUGACUCAAGGAUUCAUUGACAUGCUGUUUUAGUCUCAUUCAUUUUGCUUGUUGAAUAAGACAUCAAAAAGUGCCAAUGUUUAAAAUCACUAAAUGACAGCAAAUUUAUGGCACCGUGUUGUGAUUCAGUGACUCAAGCACAUGCACAGCAUUCGGUAACCGUGAUUAUGUUCUCUCAUCAAGUUUGUAUUUCAGCUUGAGAGGCGUUGCAGCUUAAUAAAUGUGUUCCAGACUUCUGAAUUUAUUUUUGUAUUUUGUAAGAUCAUUUUAUUUUUCUUUUGCAAUGGCAUUUCAUUGUGCAAAUAAAACAUCAAAACCAGCAA